UUGUUUAUCAUCAAAAUCAUAAUGUUCAAUAAGAUUGGUUUCGUUUGUUUGGCAUUGAUUGCCACUACAAAUGCUUAUUCGAAUUCUGGUUCCGGUUAUUCAAAUUAUGGCUCAUCAUCCGGUUCAUUAUCAUCAUAUGGUGGUUAUGGUAAUGUUGAUGGUGGUGGUGGUGGUGGUGGCGUUGGCGGUGGCGGUGAUCAAAAAUCUUAUGGAUCAUCAUUAGAUGGAAUGGAACAACCACAAGUUAUUGAAGUAUCACCAGAUCAAUUACCUGUUCAGGUUCAUUUCCGUACUGCAUCAAGUCGAUUAAAUGUACAACAAAGUCAUGGUGGUCAAGCUAUGCCACAAGUAGAGCAUGCUUCAUUUCAGGAUGAUCCUCAAAGAAUAAUUCAUCAAAUAGUUAAACCUGUGAUUCAAGAAGUACGUGAAAUCAUACAACCAUAUCGUCGUGUGACACAGGAAAUUCGACCUGUUAUUGAAGAAGUGCAUACUGUUGUACAUAAAGGUGAAAAUCGACGACCUGGCUCCGGUUUACAAGGUAAAGGUGCCUAUGGUGGUGGUGGUGGUGGUGGUGGUGGCCAAUAUGCCAAAAGUAAAGCCGCCGCUAAAGCCUAAAGAAGACGAAGAAUGACUGAAGAAUCUCUAUGCUCUGACAUUUGACACUUGACACUUGAAAUGAUUAUUGAACUUUGGAAUUUCAAUUCAAUUUGCUGAUGGUAGUGAAAUAUUACUCUCUCUCUCUCUCUCUCUCUCAUAUUUACUCAA